UGUAGUUCAACAUUAACAAAGAAGUAAAUCAGUAAACGUCAAGCCGUACUAGGAACAGGGAAAAUGUCAAGUGGCUUCCCUUGCAAUCCUAAGAGAAUCAUGUCUUUACCAACUGGUACUAUUAUAAAGUAUAUUGCUUCACACGGUUUGUUCUCAGAAGAAAAGAAAUUCUUUUUAGAAAAAUAUGAGGAAUAUAUUAAUUUCAUGAAAGAUCAUGAUGAUGAAUUACACAAGGAAGACUGUGUUGAUGGUCCAGUUACGAGUUUGUGUGAAAGUGUUUCAGAAAUGUCACCAUUGCUUAUUGGAUUAGUCAUACGUGUUUUUAACUACAUGGAGAAAAUGGAAAAUGAGAGAAUUCAGAGUAAAAUGAUUAGAGAACAUUUAGAAAAAAAGAGUUCUGACAUUUUUGACUCAAACAUUUUCCCGAAAUUUGAGCUUGAUAUAGAAUCGAACAUAACAGUAAGACGAGUGGGCAGAGAGUUGAGAGUUAUCAAGUGUUUUUUUGAAAGUGUUAAAGAUGUUGAAACUUCUACUGAUAGUGACGAUGAAUUUCAGAAUUUUUUGAUAGAAAUAGUUGAUAUAUUGGAAAGUAUGGAAGUACAUCACUCUAUUAUAUGCCAUUUUCUUGAAUUAGAAAUGGACAAUUCUGAGGUAUCAAUUGAAUAUAAUUUAAUUGAUAAUGAAGUUCGCUCUGAACGGUUCCAGCGCCAUUACCAAUUAGCGUGCGUGGCUUUAAAAUAUUUAACAAGCUUAUACAAAGAAUUGGAAAAUGUGUAUAAAAUCCCUGUAUGCGAUUCAAAUUGGUUUUAAACAAAAAAACUCAAAUAACUUGAAAUAGCGCCAGUAUUUAUUCAUAAUUUAUUAGAUAAAGGGGGCUUAAACACAGACAGCGUCGUUCUUUUUUCUUUGCCUUCAAGCGAUAUACUUCCGAUAUAUCGGUGUAUGCAGUGGACGUAUUUUUUUGUAUUUGUCAGACUGCGUAAUAAAAUAUUUUAAAUGACGACCGU